AUGGUUUUCGGUGGUAAAGAAGCAAAAUGUUAUAACGCCCCCUACAUUGUUUCUAUUCAAGAAAAACAAUCUAAUGGAAAAAAUGCAUUACAUUUAUGUGGGGGUGUUAUAAUAAAUGAACAUUGGGUAUUAACAGCUGCCCAUUGUUUAAAAUCAGAAAAUCAAGUAAAAAAAUUAAUAUUGGUUGCUGGUGCCCAUAAUCUUGAUAUUGAAGAAAAUGGAAUACAAAUACGUAAAAUUGAUUAUUAUAAAAAUCAUGAUUUAUAUAAUGGUGGAAUAAAUCCAUAUGAUAUUGCAUUAAUAUAUACAAAAGAGAAAUUUAUAUUUAAUUCAAAUAUAAAAUCAAUUGAAUUACCAAAAAUUGAUAGUAUACCAAUUGGUAAUGCUAAUUUAUAUGGAUGGGGUAGUAUAUCAGAAACAAAUAUACCAAUAUUUCCCGGAAAAUUACAAUAUGUUAAUUUACCAAUUAUUAAUAAUGAAAUAUCAAAAAUAGCAAUUGGUUAUUUUAGUUAUAAAUUACAUAAAACAAAUUUAUGUACUGGUCCAUUAAUUGGUGGUAAAGGUGUUACACAAGGUGAUUCUGGUGGUCCAUUAGUACAAAAUAAUAAAAUAAUUGGUAUUGUAUCAUGGGGUAAAAUACCAUGCGGUCAACCAAAUUCACCAUCAGUAUUUGUAAGAGUAUCAGCAUUUAUAGAUUGGAUACGAAAAAUUCAAGAUGAAAAAUGA